CUAUAUAAACGCUCUUCUACUCAUGGUUUAAACAUUAGUUGGUUUUAGAACACCCGCCAAGAUGCAACUGCUGCUCGUGCCCGUUCUGCUCGCUGCGUUCGCUGUGGCUCAGCCACUGACUGAGGAGCAGCAAAAGAAGUCGGAAACGAUCGCACUGGGCUGCCUGGAGCAACACAAGAGCCUUAACCCGGAGGACCUGAAGCUGCUGCGCGGCGGUGACUUCUCGAAGGUGGACCCCGAAACCAAGUGCUUCCUGCGGUGCUUCCUGCAGCAGGCCAAGUUUAUGGAUGCGGACGGCAAACUGAACGCUGACCUUGCCAUCGAACGGCUGUCGGUGUCCCAGGACAAGGCGAAGGUCGAGACGCUGGUGAAGAAGUGUAACGUCGAGCCGCAGGCGGAUAGUUGCGAGACGGCCUUCAAGGCCAUUGAGUGCUACCAUCGCGAGAAGUCGUCGUUGCUGUGAGGUCGCAGUAGGCAGUGGGCUCCUAUGACACGGUUUGGUUGAUUGAGAAGUA